GUGGAAAGUUUCCCCGGGGAGGGGCGAGGCGGGCUCCGCUCCCUCUCUGCCGAAGCGACCGGCUCCGGGAGGGAGGGAACGGAGGCGGCCGCCCAGGUGAUACCGCGGCCUAUGAGCGUUGCUCCCUCUCAGCAGACAAUGCCGUCGCUCCUCGGGGUGCAAGCGGCAGCGCUUUCCUCGGCAAGAAGCAUGCUGACAUUUCAAUAUUCCUUCAGCUCAACAGUUCAAAGUACAGUCACAGCAAGAAAAGCAACAUGUGUAACCAUGAAUAGCCUGAGGUUCAUUUCACUGGAUUUUCCAAGAAUUUAAUUUUAAAUUGAAAGGCAUUUAAAACCUAAAAAAACCACCUCUAAGCUUGAAUGCUUGUGGCAUUGGUACACUGGCAGUAUGAGUACACCUGCAGACAACAUACCCUGAAGAACUCUUGCUGCUGGUGAGGCUUGGUGGCACAGCCCUGUAGCACACCUGUGGCGGCAGCGUACCACUGAGGAACUUCAUAACCAAUUGGUCAUCCUGUACAAGGCACACUGGUCUUGCCUUGAAAUUUGUGAGAUCGCUCUGAAAGAAAUAAACCAGACUGCCGCUCUUCAGGCCAAGGACCCUUGUCGUCCAUAAGAGCAGCAAUCAAGAGAUCACUCAUGAAUAGCGCACAUCAAAAAUGCCCUGUCAAAGAGCUUCUCGGACCUCUAGCCAUAGCGAACAGCAGAGGGAUAGAAGGCGUCCUGAAAUUACAAUAGUUGCUGCUGAACCCCUCCGGCCAUCCUCUUGGUUUCCAGGUGCAAGCCCUGUCACUCCUCAGGGAUUAGGAUUCCCUUCUGCUUCAUCUCAUGCUCAGUGGAGGAGAAAUGAGCAUAUUCCAGCUGAGCUUCCACCAUCGUAUGAGCAGGUGAUAAAAGAAAUCAAUCAAGUGCAAGUGAAUACAACAAAUAACAAUAAUGCUGCUGCUCCUAGACAUACCACUACUUCUGCAACACAAACUGACUUUCCAGAGGAACUAAUUGGCCGUUUGCCAGGAAGUAAUGUAAAAACUAGUGUGCCUACACACUGGGAAUCUGCAGGCUAUCCAGCAGGGCAGAGUCCUCUUAAACCUCCUAGGCCUUCUGCAUCUCUCCUGAAUAAGUCUCCUUCAGAAAAUGAGAAUCCCUUAAUAGUCUUUGAAAUUUCUGAAGGUCAGAGGUGCCAAGAAAAUCCUAAUGCUGUGAUAUGUCCUGUGCCAAAGCCAAGAUCAAGAAGCAAUCUCAGACCUGUGGUCAAUAAUACUGAAAGUAAGAUAGACAAUGGAGAAGAAGUGAACCAGUCUACCACAAAAAGGCAGCAACCUCCAAUUCAGCAGUCGCCUCUCUUAGAUGAUAGCUUACUAGACAAUCACUUGAUGAUGGACAGCAUGAGUACAGAAAAGAGCCAAAAUAGUAUUGUUUCAAGGAUCAAAGUUUUUGAAUCCCAAGGAACUAAUGAUACCUCAGGAUUAUCAAAAAAGCCAGAAAUUGCCCCUCGUUCAUUCGUCCCAAGACCUGUUACUGCAAAGAAACCAGUAGUUGCUCCAAAGCCAGGGGUAAGCAGAAUUUCAGGAGAAUGGGAUGCAUGGACAGAAAGCAAAUCAACACCUUCCAAGGAAUUGCAGCCUCAACCUGAAGGAGUUGGGAGCAGUGUUGUAACCAAACCUGAACUGCCAAAGAAGCCAAAACCUGGCCUUGUUAAAAGUAGUAGUAGUGAUUUUCUUGAUGCAAGGAGUGGAUCAGAGAACAACGAUGAACAAAAGAAAUUUCCUGUUCCUGCUCCAAGGCCCCUUGUUCCUAAAAAGUCACGUUAUGCAGAAAAUCCUGCCCUUUCUUUGGCCUCACUAAAACCAAUUGCUGCUCCCCCACGGCCUCCUGUAUCUGCCCAAGAAAAAGCUUUCAAGUCUCUGGGGGAAUUGUCACCUGCAGCCAACUCCUCAGCACCUGCUUUGCAAAAUAAACUAGAUGUGGAAGGAGAUCUCAUCAGUUUUGAUGAUGAUGUUUUGCCCCUAAGUCCAGCUUGUGUAGUUAAAGAUAGCAUCAGUUCUGAAGCAGCAGCAGAUCCAUUUCAAUUCAUCACUAAAAGUGAACCUGCAAAGGAACAGGCAGCUCAGCCAGCUUUAGCCCGGAAACCCACUGUGAUCCGAAUCCCAGCUAAACCCGGGAAACCUUUAAAUGAAAUCCCGCAUAGCCCUCCACCACUUCCUGCUGAAAAGCCUAUUGGGAUCACCUCUGAUACCACAGUGGGAAAACCCAACAGUGCUGACCUAGUAAAAAAAGUGGAGUUGGAUCUUUCAGAACAGGGUGGAGUGCCUCAGCUACAACCUGUACUACCCGCAAGGCCUGUGGAUGGAAAAAUUGUACCUGCUCGACCUCCCCCACCUAAAGGUGUUCCUGGAAGGCCACCUCCACCAAAACUCUCUGCAGCCAAGACCUCCUCCCAGAAGGAUGCUCUUUCACUAUCUACUUCUAACAUCGCUCUUGAUAAAAAACCCAGCAAGUUCAGAUUGGGACCUAAGAGAGCAAAAAGUCAAGUCUUUAAAAAUCCAGAUCCAGCAUUACCUCCUAGACCUAAACCAGGUCAUCCGCUCUACAAUAAAUACAUGCUACCUGUGCCUCAUGGAGUUGUCAAGGAAGAUUGUCUUCCCAGGAACCCUGGAGAACUGUCCUGUAAGGAUUCAAAUCGCCCUCCAAAAGUUUCUGACACAAGUGCACCUCAUGCUGUAGUCCUGCAUGAUUUUCCUGCAGAGCAUGCUGAUGACUUGGACCUUCAUUCUGGAGACACCGUUUGUCUUCUGGAGAAAAUCGAUACCGAGUGGUACAGAGGAAAAUGUGGGAAUCGCACAGGGAUAUUUCCUGCCAGCUUUGUUAAAGUAGUUAUUGAUGUUCCAGAAGAAGGCAACAGGAAAAAAAUACCCUGUUCAUCACAAUGUAUUAAAGGCCCAAGAUGUGUAGCACGAUUUGAAUAUAUUGGAGAUCAGAAAGAUGAGCUCAGUUUUUCAGAAGGUGAAACUAUUGUCCUUAAAGAAUAUGUAAACGAAGAGUGGGCCAAAGGAGAGCUCAGAGGUGCAUCUGGAAUUUUCCCCUUGAACUUUGUGGAAAUAAUUGAAGAUCUGCCUGGAACAGGUACAGGAGCAGCACUGAAGAACAAGGUGGAGGUUUCUUCUUCCCUUCCUCAGAACAACAGACACUCAGCAGAGUGGUGUGAAGCGCUUCACGAUUUUACAGCAGAAACCAAAGAUGAUUUAUCCUUUAAAAAGGGAGACUACAUCCAAAUACUGGAACAAGUAGAUUCAGAGUGGUAUAGAGGAAGACUGAAUGAAAAGGAAGGGAUUUUCCCAGCAGUUUUUGUGCAGACCUGCUCAGCCAGGGCAGAGCUGUCACAGUCUGUAGGAGGGAAGAAAGGAAAAGCCAAAGCUCUUUAUGAUUUUCAUGGAGAAAAUGAAGAUGAGCUUUCCUUCAAAGCAGGUGAUACAAUAACAGAGCUGGAAUCUGUAGACGAGGACUGGAUGAGUGGAGAGAUGCAAGGAAAGUCUGGGAUAUUUCCCAAGAACUUUGUUCAGAUUUUAAAAACACCAUGAAGUGUUGCCUCUCUUUGUACUCCCUGCAUGUGGGAGAGAAUGUUUUCUAUCCUAAAGACACAGCAAAGACAUCAAUGUGUUUUGACUAUCAAUGUUUUGCACUACUUUUUCUAGACAGUCAUACUAGUGUCUUGAAGUCAAAUAAGAACAUUUUAGUCUUUUGUGACAGCAUAUGUAGUCAUGCUUCAUGAAUGCUCUGAGAGCAAAUACAAGCAGGAUUUUUAGCUGCUUCUGACGAGGGAAAUACUGUGGUGCAACACCAUUUUAACUUAAAUAGCAUUCUAGUAUGUUUACUAUCUGGUAUUACAUCUAUCAUGUACAAAGUCUGCAUAAAGUAAGCUUCUUUGGGCUUCUUUAAAAACUUUUUUAAAUCCAAAUUUAAAAAAUUGUUUUUAAGAUAUAAUUGCAGCACUCAGUAGGUAGAUCAAGUUUGAUAAUCAGGUUUCAUUAGUGCUUAACUUCCACAUUACCAGUAGAAUUCACUUGUUCUUUUGACUUAGAGGAUAAGGACGAUAACUGAUAUUUCAUAGUAGAAAAGUAUCAAAUCUAGUACUGAUAAGAGGGAAAACUCAGAAGCAAACCCUUGUAUAGUCUUCUGUUCUUAGCCCAAGCUGAUCAUACAGGAAGGUCACAAAAGUAUUUUGCCUCUUAACAAAUAACAUUCAAACCGGUAUGAACCUUCUUAGACCUUCCUCCCUUCCCCCAACACCCUUUACAGAUGCAGGUUUAGAUGUUUCUACUGUUUUUUGAGCACCAUCGUACCCUUC